AUGCCUUUGAGUAACAUUCCUCAUUAUUUAACUAGUUAUUUGGCUGAAAAUAAUAUAUUGGCUUUAUUCUAUGAAAAAAUUUUCAACUUGACAACUCGGCAAAUGUGCUCCAUCAAUUUUAAAUUAUCCUUCAUUAUUUAAAAUGUUAAAAAACCACUCAACAUCACUUACUUAAUUAGUCACCCAGUCCUGAAUGACUUCAUAAAUUAUAAAUACGAUUUUUCUAACCAUGAAAUGGUUGAUUAUUAUGUUAAUUUUUUAAAAUCCAUAGCCAUUAGAAUUGAUAGAGAAAACUUCUUUCUCCAUUUUAACUUACGCUAUUCCACUUUUCCUUUGCUUUGGUAAGCAUAGAAAUUUAUCAAUUACCCAGAUACCCUAGUAAGCAGCACUGUUAAAGUCAUUAUCCUUAGUUUAUCUAAAUUAUUCGAUAUACCUUAGGAUGGAGUAGCACUAACUUAGUCCAUUAUAAAAUAGGAAAAUAAAUCCAUUAAAAAAUUCAAAAACUACCUUACACUAAGUCCAUUCUGUCUAGCAUACCAAAAAUAUGUUCACUAAAUGAAAUGCCUACUGCCAAAUCUUGCUUAAGUCAAAUCCCAGGACUAAUUAGAAGAUUUGAUCAUGUUCUUUAGCGAUUUCCUUUAGUAAUGUCCUUUUCUUAUUCCUCUUUUUGAAUAAAUAAUGCUUGAUCAAUUAAUCCUACCAAUCUUGGACUAUUUGUUAUUAAACAAAUUAUCUGAUUUUAGAACUGAAUUUAAGUUAGGAUUUUACCUUAUACAUCAAAUCAUCUCGAAAUUGCCUGUUAAUGAAAUACUAAAAUAUUUUUCAUAAGAUAUGAUUCCAAAGGAUACUGGUAAUAGACUAAAAUAUAAUUACAUUCCAUCAGCAACUUGGGUUUAUGAAACAGAGAAUUACCCAUUUUAAUUUGAAUAAACCUAUUUCAAAAAAGCAAAUAAUCAAAACGAAAUUGGUGUUAUUGAGAAUUAACCAGAAAACAAUCUCAUAAAUAAUUAUUACAAAUUGUAGAUGCUACAACUUUUAAAACCUCGAGAUAAUAGUAUAUUAUUACUCUAAUUGGCCAUUUGGCAUAUAAUCAAGAAUCAUUAAUAACCAUGGCCUGUGAAUCACAUUAUUUAAUUAAUAUCAAAACCCUAGAAUCAAAUAAAGUAUACAAAAAAAAUAAUUGAUUUAAUUAUUUAAUUCUACUUAAAUGAAGAUACUAAUAAACUGAAAGAUAUUUAUUUGGAAUAUGAAAAUUAUAUAAAAUAAUUGAUAGCUAAUAUUAAAAGUGGUAAAGCUUAGUUAUCAGAAGCUUUAAUAAUAAAUUGGGGGAUUAUAGAAGAUUUUGAUUGGAAUCUCUUCAAGAAAUCUUAGACUACCAUUUCAAAUGAUGAUUUUCAAAAUUGGGAACGCGAGAAUGAACUAUCCCAAUUUAAAUUAGUUUACACUUAUUUGCUUUUGAAAUUUUUGGUUAUGAAUAACUAAAAAGAACCAUCUAAGACCAAAAUUAUACUGAAUUAAGAGAUAUCUCAUUUAACAGAUGAUUAAUAUUUUAAAAUUGACAAAAAAAGAACAUAUUUGAUUAUAAGCAUCGAGAAAGGUUAUGUAUUUUAAACUAUCCCAUGCUCCAAUCCAAAUAGAGGCGUUGUUACUUUUAUAUACCCACUUGCGGGUUUAAUAUGCACUUAAGAAGCAGAUUACUUGAAAUUUGAAUAGAAUUAGUUGGCAAUAAAUUAAGCUAAGCCAAACAAAAUUGAAAUGUCUAACAAUCUUAUCGAUGAAAUAAUAUCAAAAAUAAAUGAUUCAAAAAUAGAACUAGAAAAGAUCACUCUUGACAAAUUAGAAUAAUUAAUUAAAUGA